CGUUCCUGCCCUCAGAUGGGGCGCUCCGCAGAAUCCUUCCCUGUCUGAAAACUCAGCAGUUCUCUCAAGCACUUCAAUGGCAUCCAGAAAGAAGUUACAGGGUCUUGUAGCAGCUACGAUCACCCCAAUGACUCCUGAUGGACAAAUUAACCUCCCAGUAAUUCGUCAAUAUGUGGAUUAUUUGAUAAGCAAGCAGAAUGUGAAGAACAUUUUUGUGAAUGGCACAACAGGAGAAGGUCUGGCCCUCAGUGUCCAGGAGAGGAAGCAGCUGGCAGAAGAAUGGGUGCGUCAAGGAAAAGACAAAUUGGAUCACAUGAUCAUUCAUGUGGGAGCGCUGAGUCUGCCAGAGUCCCAAGAGCUGGCGAGACAUGCAGCAGCCAUAGGUGCAAGUGGCAUUGCUGUAAUAGCCCCUUUCUUCUUCAAACCCACAAACAAAGAUGAGCUGAUUGCUUUCUUGAGGGAGGUUGCAGCUGAAGCUCCUGCUCUUCCAUUUUAUUACUAUCACAUUCCACAUCUGACGGGUGUAAAGAUUCGUGUUGAAGAGUUGCUGGAUGGGAUAAAAGAGCAGAUCCCAACCUUCCAGGGCGUGAAGUUCAGUGACAUGGACCUCUUGGACCUUGCACAGUGUAUAAACAAGAAUGACAGAGAAGAGUUGGUAUUUCUUUAUGGAGUGGAUGAGCAACUUCUGAGUGCACUGGCAAUAGGGGCAGAUGGAGCAGUUGGAAGUACCUACAACUACUUGGGCCAAAAGAACAACAUGAUGUUGCAAGCUUUUGCACAGCAUGACCUUUCAUUAGCACGGAAGUAUCAGUUUCUCACUGGUGAAUUUCUUAACUUUGUCAUCAAACUAGGUUUUGGUGUUGCCCAGACUAAAGCAGUGAUGACUUUUGUUUCCGGCAUUCCCAUGGGACCUCCCCGGUUUCCGCUUGUUAAGGCCUCAGAGGAGUUCAUCGCCAAUGCCAAAGCCAAGCUGAACAGCAUUGUGUGGCCUACUGACUGAUUUCACUUCCAUGUGGAUUUUCCCCAUGGGCAGUGAAUACCUUCUCAGGGUCUCACUGUCACCUGGCACACUCUCCAUGUGACAGGGUGAUUUAGCUGUGACUUCCAUCAGGGAUCUUGCAGGGUGCCUGAGCUCCUUCCUGUUAGGGCUGGUCUUGUUGGCACAGAUCUAGCUGUCUUUUCAUCUAACCUUACACAUCUCCCUGGAUUCGUGCACAUCCCAGGAUGAGCUGUUAUCUCUAAAAUAAGGACAUUUUCCCCAGUAGAAGGGUCUUGGCUACUUUUGCACAGAAAGCAAGAAGAUCUGUCUCURCUCUCCACUAUUCCCACAUACUUUGUGCUCCUCCUCCACCUUCACCAGCAUCUCCAGCACUGCUGUAUGUUUGUAUACACUGGUAUGACACUCUCUGCUUGCUCAGGAGCUGUUUUAAUCUGUCAUGAAAUCUUAGUCCAUUAUCAGCAGUAACUAAGGAAUCUGUUGCUUUGGGGCACUGUCUACUCGUGUAAAAUCUUUAUUCUUUCUCAUUGUCUUAAUGCACCUUAAYUUAAUGCAAAAUUUAAAGAAACUUUUGUAAUCUGAGCUUUUGCGUUACUAAUGAAUGGAUAUUUCUUCAUCUUUUUCCUCGCAAUGAAACUGGAGCUACAAUUGAACUGUAAUUCUCUGUAUGCAAAUGAUAUGCAAAAUAUACUGUGUUAAAUCAUUAGGAGAGAAUCUAUGAUCAGAUUAAGAGGUCCUCUUUUGCACCCUGGACCUGUUCAGCGUGUGAAAUAUUCUAAUUUCCUUCUAAUUUGUAUUUAUUUAAUAAAUUCAGACUAGYGUAGGUUCCUCUGUUCCCCUCACCUCUGAAUUUGUAAGAAAUUUAGAGAAGCUUUUCCCAUUUCUCAGCUUGAAAGAGAGGUACCUCAGCCAUGGGUGCUGCAGCUCWGGUAGCUCAUGGUCGAACUGUUGCAUAGUGGAAAACACAACAUGAACAUAAAACAAGAACUGAUUGUUAGUCCCYUUUCUAAUAUCUCCACUAAGACACUAAAUAUCUUUAUUGUAAUUCUAGUGCUGCAACUUCCUGAUUAUUUUAGUAUGURGCAUAUAGGAAUUAAUGACACU